AUGUCGUUCUCGGUCAGACUUAAUUUCUCGGAGCUGGGCCUUGUGAUUGCUUGCGUAGUUUGUGCUGUGCUCGCUCUCGCCCUCCGUGCCAGAUCGGCCCGUUCGUCGCGCGCACCGGUCGAUCGCUCUGAUCGCAAGACAUCCACCACCACUGGCUCGAAGCAGGAGCGAGAACCUGGAGAGUGGACACCGGUCGAUUUCGACUAUCCCCCCGUCGAGCCCUUCACGGAUGAUAUUAGCACCGUCAAGCCCAUUCCUUACCGGCCAUUCCGUUGGGGAACCUACCAUGUAACGAUGGGAAUCAGGAAUAUGGCAUGGGACGAGUGGAUAGAGUUGGACCAACAGUUCUUUGACUACCACAAGAUCGUUCAACAUCGACUAGAGACUCGCGGCGAGCGUGCCGUCCAGGUGCUGCCCGCUAAACCUGGUGUUGUUGCUGGCGGCCAUGCAGCAGCAGAAGAGUUUGUACACGAGCUGGCAGAAUACCUAUCAAGACGGUACCCCGCAAUUUAUGCUGUUGUGAGGAAGGUCAAGAGCGAGAAGGGUAUAUCGGGCUGGUAUGGCGAAGGCCAAAUCAAGACUAUAACAGUUAUACCGCUGCAAGUAACGUAUGAUUUAGAUAAGGAGGAGCCAUUAAAAGUCGCGUCGUUAUUGGUGCAAGAAGACUUUGCAAUUAUGAUCGAAGGCAUGUACAUUUAUUCCCUGAGGGCUCAGGCACCGACAUGGCUAUUGCUUCAGGCACGGACGGGCGAUAUUAUUUACAAGCCGGAGCGAUCUGCAUACCAGGUAUGGGUAUUCUUCCCUUACCAGAAUUAUAGGGUCAUCGUUUAA